AUGUCGAACUUUUCCAGCAGCAGUGGGGGCGGCUCCCGAGACCGGGUUCUGUACGAGUUGAAGAAUCAUCUGUCCCCAGACGAACUGCGCCUAGUUCAGCAUGACUCGCAACUCGCUGUCGAAACUAUCGUCGAGCGGCUUUCCGAAGUCACGAGGUGCAUCUUUUCGAGACUGCUUCUGCUGGCGGGUGGACAAGAAGUCGUCGACGUAAACCGACAAGAGGCAGCGCAAGAACACCAAAAAAACCAUCAACAUCGCCAUGAACGGCUCGAAAACAAAGCCGUCGUUUUUUCAGUGAAUGUCACUAUCCGCGCGUGGUUGAAGAAUCCAGACCACUGGCACAAGGUUUACCUGGAGCUGCUAGAUGCGGGGCUCAUUCAGCCCUGCGGGCAGAAGGUCUCCCUCCAGAGAAGUGCCGACCUUGCAGAAGCUCGCGUAGGUCUGGCGGUCGUGCGGAACGAUCAGGAUUGGGAGUUCGGCGACCUCGACGGACGGCGCGGUCUUCCUGGAAAAAUUGUGGCUAUCGACCCGCACACUGAAUGCGCGGCAGUGGUGUGGCAGGCCCAGGACCCGCGUUCCGAUUUGUUCUUGCCAAACAGCAUGUCGUCCUCUGAAGAAGGUAUGGAGCCAAGUACGAUGUCAGCCGGAAAGUCGCGCAGUGCUGCUAGUCUUGCGUCUGUAGGAGCUGGAGGAACGAGCAGAUUCGUGAAGCCCAUUUACCGCUUGGGCACACCACAAACGAUUGGCGGGACAUUCAAUGGGACGUCUUCCAGUAGCGGCAGCUAUCGAGCAAACAUGAGGAACGCUACGGCGUCGACGUCCAGGUGUUACGAUCUACGCGUGUUCGGGAAAUUUGAAGUACCCGCGCACGUGUCAAGAGCAAUGCUCGAAGUGACAAAGCGCAGUCUCGUGCCGCCAGAGAAGGACUGCUACUUCCAGCGCUCCGCUCUGCAGCGAAGAAACCACCGCGUACGACCCAGCGAUAGCGUUUUUGCGGCCGAGUUGCAUUCGCACGCUGCCACCGCCUACGAUUCGCUGCUUGAGUACCUGGCGCGAGGAGCCCCCUCGUCGCUCACAGCCGCCGGUGCGCGCGCGGACCGCGAGGGGCGCACGGCUCGUGUGCCUCCCUGGAUGCGAGAAUCGCUUCGCGCGCGGGACCAGCUUGGCCUUGUAAAUCGCGCUCGACCAACCGGUGCGAAGGGCUUCUUCAAUCUCACUUCGAAAGGCUUUGAGUUUGUCUUUUCCGCCCGACAUCGACAGCUGUGGACGCUAAUCCAUUCCAUCGUAGACGGCGUUUGCGAACUCUACGCUUCACGUAUGAUGGCAACAGGAGGGCAACAGGGGCACCACGGCGACCUAAUUGACAAUCCCGCAGGGGCUGAAGCCGACAUGAAGCGGAAAGCCAGUAUGUACUCCCUACUCCUGCAGCUCGCGCAAGCAUGCAUCGGCCAGCCAUUGUUGAUGAUCCCGGAGCGCAACAGGCAAAUUGUAGACCUGGACGGGCCCGUGCCGGACGAGGUGGUCGACAGCGCCGAAGUAAAAGGGUCCUGGAUGUUCCAGCCUCCGGCGGCUGCGGAAACGGAACAAAAAGCCACUGAAACCGCAAUACUUUGGACACACUCGGUCGAGCCGCGCGAGAAAGCCAUAUCCUCAACGGCAGGUGCACAUGGAGCGGCGCAGCCGCAGCCUCACAAGCGAGCGGCUGUGCUCGCGGGUUUAACAGGGGCACAGACCGAAUUUCUCUAUCGCCUCGAGGAAAUAGGAGUCCUGUUCGGAAAAGCCGUCUACGAUGUUUCCAAGUUUGCGGGGAGUGGCAGAGGGGGCACCGAGACAGACCGCUGUCCAGACGACACCUACUCGCUCGAAGAAGUUUGGCAAGCCACGGAGGCUAUGGCGCAGUCAGCACAUUCGAUGCACUCGCAGCUGUAUUCACGCAACGGCCUUCAGCAUCCGGGCGGGCCGCGGGGAUUUCUUCGGGGUCACCAGCUGCAACCCGAUCGGGUAGAUGAGGCUGGGAGCAGUAAUAUCAAGAAGAGACUGACCACGCAACAGCUGUGCACGACACCGUGGCGGUGCGUGUAUUUUUACCCCACCGCCUUUUGCGCUGCACUAUUCCACGAGGAUAUCGGGCUUUCGGUCACCCACGGCGAGUUCCACCAGGAACGAAUUAUUGCGCGCUCCUCAUCGCAGCUGAAGAUGAUAACCAGUACCAGCUUAUCCUGAGUAAAAACGUACCCACACCAGAGUCAGGAUGAGGAUUUUGCAACACAAACCUAGGAGUUUUGUGAGUCACGCAUGACAAGUUGCGCUAUGCAGUGUAGUGCAGGUUAGCAAGUGCAGCCGCAUCACAGAUUCAUCUGCUCAUCCUGUUCACAGCAUCACAAAUUCCAAAACACGAUUGGAAAUGGCUCUCAUGGGGAUGCGCAUUACAAGUCUUCCUGUCUUUGCAAAUCUGCAUUGCAACUCUGGUGUGGGUACGUUUUUACUCAGGAUACAGCUCCGAGAAGGAUCGCGCGCAGCACGACGCGGCGGUGGAGAGACUGUCCAUGGCCGUACACUUUCGGGGCAUUAUUGUUGAGUCCAACUUCAAAGUGCGCGCCUGCACCAACGACCAAACGCAGAUUGAGUUGUUGAAGACCUUUUGCCAGAUCCAGCGGCAGAGCGGGUUCUGGGUGACCGGGGAGCUGACACAAGAUAGUAUCUUGUCCGCCUUUGCGAACCAACAGCUGACCGCUCGGCAGAUCCUACAUUUUCUCACGUGUUCCGCUCACGAGUCGCGCAUUCAGAGGGUCGCAGCCUUCGCGAAUAGGGGGGCCGGCUCUGCUGCUGCGGUCAAUCCACAGGUUGUUCCGGACAACGUGCGGACACAGCUAGAGCUGUGGGAGAAGGAUCGCCAGCGUUUGCAGCUGACGAACGUGACGCUAGUCCGUUGGACUUCCGAGGGCUGCCGCAACCGCAGGAGCAAAGAGAUCUACGAGGACCUCAAAAUGCAGGUCACGCCCGACGAACUGAAGGCGGUCGGUCAGUGGGAGCGGUACAACCAAAACUCUGCGACUGGGUUGCAACAGAAUCAUCCGUUCCUCAUCGUUGAGCAUGACGCAUACCAGCGAGCAAGAACCAACAUCAACAAGCGUCGAAGACUUGCAGAAGGCAAAGUUCCGUAAAUCCGAAAUAUGUUGUACUCGGAACGAACCGACUGGUGGCCUGGCUUCAAAAUGUACACGAAAAAUAAACGACAAAAGAUUCGCUCGUACUUACUCCGAAGUACGCUAAAUAUACCCG